AUGUCUGACGAGUCGCUACUAACUUCUGUACCAUCUACCGAGAAUCAAUACCAUCAUUUUAUACCGAGGUUCAUUCUCCGUCGUUAUCAAGUUGGCCCAAAGAGGAAAAAGCACUUCCUUCACAAUGGGAUCGACCCAGAAUAUAUUUUCUACUAUGAUCUGACUGCAGAGACACUUGAUAUCCGCCCCAUUGGCAAUGUUUACGGUAUCCGUAAUCUUUACAAAGACAUACACAACAUAGACAACAUUAAUGAACUUGAACACAAGUUGUCUUUUCUCGAGAGCGAAGCUGCUACUAUAAUCACUGGCAUUCACGCGCCCCUCGCUGGUGGAAAAUUUUGUCUCAAGCGCAGAGCACUAGAGCAGCUCAGGAAAUUCCUCUUCUUGAUGCAUUAUCGUGCAUGCUCCUCAACGUAUUUCCAGGAAGAUCAUCCAAAGAAUAUUGGGUUGCGUGACUGGGUGGCCCAGACCCGAAGGAAGAACCGUCUAGACUCUGCUGGCGAACUUUUUCUGCAUGUUCUCCGUUAUUAUCUGGACACACCGCAUUCCCAGAUCAUGCUACACGCGGAGGAGUUGACUCGAACGUAUGGGAGUCAGGGUGUUACAGAGAUGUGCAACGGAUAUGUGAAUCCAAAAGCAGAGCACUACCCAGCUCUUGCCUAUCGUAAUCAGGCUGGCACUUAUUUUCUGUGCAUAUGGGAAGCGGCGGACGGAGAAGAGUUCCUUCUAAGUUCCAAUGGGUUUGGAUUAUGGGAAGGUUUAGAAGCAGGAGAAUCAGGUCUUCACCGCAUAUUUGUUGUCAGCCCUCGUGUGGCUAUCGUUUUGAGAAGUUGGGUAAUGCGCCCUGAAGUCCUGCCUUUGAUGCAUGGCCUGCUUCACAGUAGCCUCCUCGACAUAUACCAACCACCACCUACCCCUACAUAUGCAGAUGGAUCCAAUAUGAUUCGCAAGAGCGUUCUGAGUAAACAAGGUGUCAACCAAUACAGAGCCACAAAAUCAGCGCAAGAAGAUAAUUUCACGUUUGAAAUUACAAAGCUCACCAAGCUACAGACCUACGCCAUCAACUCUGUCAUUCUUACGAAUGUGCCCGAUACUGGCGCAGUUACUGGCCUCUCAUUGGAGUGUAUGUACAGGACGACUCGCACAUUCUGUGAUUCCCCGAUGGGUAAUCUAAAUGGCUGUAAAUUCAAAGGGUUAAUGCGACGUCUAUCGAAUUCGUCGUCUCCUACAUCCAGCUCCACUGCCCAAGAAACACCGGAUUUGGCAGCAAUGAAACAAUCGCUCAAAGGGGAUGUUUCUCCACCCCCGCCCGAUCGUGAUCACAACGUCAAGACGCGUGCUGUAAAAAUGAAAGAGGCUGAUUUUCACACAGAAAACAGUGACGAAGAGGAUCUACGAACUUCGAAGCGACAUUUUCCUGACUUGGAAGCUUCAGUGGCAGGCUGGCAGUCAUACUUGUUACAACCUCUCGUGACUGCAUGGCGUAUCCUACGAUAUCUUCUCUGGCUGACACUUAUAUUGUGUCUAUGUGCUGUUUUAUUAUGUGCUGCUUGUGUAUCCUUUAUGAAAUACCGUCACUCACUCCCCACUAGUCAUGUUGGUCUUGAUCUAUGA